AUGGAGCUGGGGGAGGGAGAGGCGGAGGAGCGCAGGCGAGAGCACUGGAAGUUGUUGUCGAGUCUAAAGACAACAGUGGAGGGUCUUGUCUCUACAAAUAACCCAAAUGUGUGGUCACGCUAUGGAGGCCUUCAGCGCUUGCACAAAGACAUGAACAACAUCCUCAGCCAUGGACUGAAGAAUGAGCAGGUCUACUUCAGGCAGAAGGACUACUGGGCUUUUGUAUCAUGUGUUCGAUUCAUCUGUCCUGAUCUUUCUGCACACGUUGAACAGUUCCUUCAUUUAGAGCCAGAAGUCAACUCUGGAACAUCAUCCAAUAAAAAUGAAUGCUACAAGGCAGAGCGCUGGCUGCUUCACAGUUUACAGGUUCAUAAGUUGUCUGCACAACUCCGACCUCUACUCAGGCAUCUAGGUCAUGUGCGCAAGUACUAUAACAAUGAUGCCUUCCUGCUCAGUGAGCCUCAUGUUACUGCCAUGUUUCAGUGCCUUGAAGCCGUGGAGCAGAAUAAUCCUAAACUGUUGGCCCAGAUAGAAACUUCGGGGCUCUCUCCUCUGAAGGGCCUGUCUGGCCUGGGCCUGCUGAAGAGCCAGAGUUUGUGUGUACUGCCGGGGUCUGGAGGUGUGUGUAGAAGUGCAGAUUUAACCCCAAAAGGAGUCUCUUUAAACCGCAGACUCGCCACCUCCAACUGUUCCCUGCGUGAGACGGAUGCAAGCACACUUAACACAAGCCACUCCACAGAUAUCUGCUCCCAAAACAGAAACGACUCAAGCAACUUGCCUGUUGCAGCAAACUACCCAGGACCUCCAUGGGUAUGUGUGUCUAGAGUGGGAGAGGCUGAACCAGGGGCACCCUCCAUCUCACCAGAGUCCCCGUCUCCACACGAGGCCUGUGACUCUGGUGAAGGCGACUAUGACGAUGGGCCAGAGUAUCUCGCUAUUGGUAACCUGGGCCAACGACAUCGCAGAGACUCUCGAAGCUCGACCCAAAGUAGUGACCAGGGAGAAAAUAAGGAACCAACGACUAAAAACAACCUUUUGGCUCCACCUCCACCAAGACGCUCGUCCUUCUCUGAGGGACAGCGGGGGCCAGGCCGGGGGUCUCGAGGCCACACCCGCUCAUUUUCUGAUACUGGACUCAAUCAAAAACUCAGGAAUGAAUCAUCAGGAAAUGAUCACGUGAAGGAGUAUAAUCCAUUUUCACCACAGCACAGUAAUUCUAGUUCUUCUAAUUCUCUGUAUAUGGACUCAGAUUCGUCCCAAAGCAGAAGUGUUUCUGAUGGGAUGUUCAGGAAGCCAUCAAAGGGACAGAGUCUUAUCAGUUAUCUUUCUGAGCAGGACUAUGGCAGCUGUGCUGACCUUGAAAAGGAGAACGCUCAUUUUAGUAUUUCAGAAUCACUUAUUGCAGCCAUUGAAUUAAUGAAAUAUAACCUGCGGCGUCAGGAGGAGGGGGCUGAGGAGGAAGGGGACAGUGACAGUGAGAUUCAGCAGCUAAAACAAAAGAUUCGUCUCCGGAGACAACAGAUCCGCCGCAGCCGCCUCCCGCCCUGCUCAGCUUCCAGCCACAAUUUGCACUCUACAGACAGUGGCACUUCCAGACAAAGCUCCCAAGAUUCUUUACAAGGUUUUUCUGAUUCUGGCUCAGCAGAGGAAGUGGAAGAAUGUGAAUUACGAGAUGGCUGUGAGGGGCAAUCCCUGCUGGCAGUGUCACAGAACGGCCUCUCGUUGUCACUCGCCUCCCUCUUCUCAGAUGCAGACAUAAAGCGAAGUGUAAGCUCCGGCCACAGAUCCUUUCUCAGUUCAGAUUCCAUCAGCUCCCCCUCCUUCCUUCAGUCCAACUCUGCAGAGUCUGUAGCUAUGGGUUUGCUCCGGCAGUUUGAAGGCAUGCAGCUUCCUGCCGCUUCUGAACUUGACUGGCUGGUCCCAGAACAAGAUGCACCUCAGAAGCUCUUGCCCAUUCCCGACUCUCUGCCCAUUUCCCCCGACGACGGUGAACACGCUGAUAUUUACAAACUCAGAAUUCGUGUUCGAGGCAACUUGGAAUGGGCGCCUCCUCGCCCACAAAUCAUUUUCAACAUCCACCCUACCCCAAAAAGAAAGAUUGUAAUAGCAAAACAGAACUACCGCUGUGCUGGCUGUGGCAUUCGAGUUGACCCAGACUACAUCAAGCGACUGCGCUACUGCGAAUAUUUGGGUCGCUACUUCUGCCAGUGUUGUCAUGAAAAUGCACAGGCAAUUGUACCCGGUCGCGUUUUGAGGAAAUGGGACUUCAGCAAGUAUUAUGUCAGCAACUUUGCCCGGGACCUUCUCGGCAAGAUUGCUGGGGAUCCUUUGUUCAACCCUAAUGAUAUAAACACUGGGCUGUACAAGAAGAUCAAGGCUCUGGAGUCUGUCAGGGUUUUAAGGGUCCAGCUGUUGCACAUGAAAAACCUCUUCAAGACUUGUCGCUUUGCCAAAGAGGAUUUGGAUCAGUUUGACACGCUGCCCGGUCACCUCACAGAAGACCAUCACCUCUUUUCCCUCAAUGACCUCACAGCUGUUCGUAAUGGGGAGCUGGCCCCACGAAUGAAAGAACUGCUCAAACUCGGAACUAGACACGUCACUGGCUGCGUGCUGUGCCAGGCCAAGGGCUUUGUGUGCGAGUUUUGUGGCAACGAGAAGGACAUCAUCUUCCCCUUCCAGCUCAGCAAAUGCCAGCGCUGCGAAGAGUGCCACGCGUGCUACCACCGCAACUGCUUCAAGCCGGGUAAAGCAUGUCCUCGCUGUCAGCGCCUUGCGGAGAGGAGGGAGCGAAUGGCACGCAAGAACAUGGAGGAGCAAGAAGACGAAGGAGGCGGGACUUAA